GUUGGGUCUUUCAUUCGUUUGUUUCCACUGUGUUAUCGUGCAGAUUGACCCACUACAGUUUCUCGAUGCACAUGGAAAGAACGCAUAAUAAAAAAACGAACACAAUUGUAGGCAUCAAGACAUCCCCCAACCAGUUUGACCUCCUGGUCAAAGCAGAGGAGUUCUCUAAGUAUGCAGCUUUCAGAUAUGUUGAGAAGAAGAGGUCAAGGGAACAAGGAAUUAAGGACAAGGACAAGGACAUAACACAAGUUGACUCCAAGGAUGCAUUGUGCGAUGUGAGAUCUAAAAAAUGGAAGACCUCCAUGAACCCGAACAAGAAAGGGAACAGCAGAAGCCAGGCUGAAAAGCGACCAGCAGAGAAAUCAGCAAGAAGUGAACUUGAGCAGGAAAUUGCGGUUGUGGAAGCCCAGACAAAGAAGCUCAAGAAAUUGAACACGGCCUAUGAGGCGGAGUUCUUCACACUCAAACAGAUUGCAGAUGGAAAGGCCCCAGAGGUACUGGGACAAGCGCAAUCUGCAAGGCCGAGACCUCUUCUGGCGGCUCGGUUCAUUGAGGAGAAGAGAGAAUGGCAGGUCACCACUGAUGUGUCUUUUGCAAUCCCUAGGAUCGGCAAAGGGCAGAACGUCGCCUUGGUUCUCCAAGAGAAAAUCACAACAGCCUACCCACUGGGGGUCUUUGAGAUUGAAGCCCCUGAACAGGGGAACGAAACACUGAGAGAACCACAAGAGGAUCUACGUGAGCUCGACAACAAGAUAAACCCCAGAUCACCUAGGUCGUUCACCCUUCUCAUCGCGAAAAUGCCCGUAUGCACCAAAUUGAGGAGCGGGAUGAAAUGGAGGUCGUGGAACACGGUGACAGCCAUCCCUUACAACGUGAUGUCAGGGAUCGGAGUACCUGCUGAACUGUCGGCCGCUGCCUUAGCUGAGCUGAUUAGCAAGGGGAUUUUCGAGGUGGACGACGAUUUGGAUUCCAGAUCCUUCGCAAUUGACAUGGAAAGAUACUAUAGAGAUGAAUGCUCUGACAGAGAGAUGGAAGAGGGAGAAGAUGAGUGGGACAUGGAUGAGGAGGAACAAGAGGAGGGGACACCACCGACAAAGGGUGGAAGCGACAACAUAGGGGAAUACAGGCUGGAGGACUCCCUGACGCACACUCAGUCGGACUCCCCGGAUGGUGCAAUUGAGUCAAUGGAGACUGGGGGCUCCGGGGCCACAUAAAUAGGAUAGGCUCUUCCCAAACCAUAUGACAAAGUAGGAUAUGGACCUGUUGAGGAAGGAAGCUAAUAGAAGGAGUACACAAGUGAACUGGAGAAGACAAGGAAUUGUAGUUCGCAGUUGGAAUGUGAACGGGUUGGGAAAUAUUGUAUCCAAGGAGGAUAAAUUAAAGGACAUAAU